UUAGGUCUCUCACAUGGUGACUUCUAAUGUCAAAACUUUGAACCAGAAACAUGGUCAUUCUGCAACAGGGGGACUAUGUCUGGUUGGACCUCAGAACAGACCAUGAGUUUGACGUCCCUGUUGGUGCGGUGGUCAAAUUUUGUGACUCGGGUCAAAUCCAAGUCUUGGAUGAUGAAGGACAGGAGCAGCGAAUCUCUCUUCAGAAUGCAACAAACAUCAAGCCCAUGCACCCAACCUCCAUUCACGGGGUGGAGGACAUGAUCCGCCUCGGGGACCUGAAUGAAGCUGGGAUUCUCAGAAACCUCCUGAUUCGUUACAAUGACAGAGUCAUAUAUACGUAUACUGGAUCAAUCCUGGUAGCGGUGAAUCCAUACCAGCUCCUGCCCAUCUACACCCCUGAUCAUAUUCGUCUCUACACCAACAAAAAGAUUGGAGAGAUGCCGCCGCACAUCUUCGGCAUUGCAGACAACUGCUACUUCAGCAUGCAAAGAAACAAGAAGGACCAGUGCUGCAUCAUCAGCGGUGAGUCUGGAGCUGGAAAGACGGAGAGCACCAAGCUCAUCCUGCAGUUCCUGGCAGCUAUAAGUGGCCAACAUUCCUGGAUCGAGCAGCAGGUUCUGGAGGCCAACCCGAUUUUAGAAGCAUUCGGUAAUGCCAAGACUAUACGCAAUGACAACUCCAGCCGGUUUGGAAAAUAUGUUGACAUUCACUUCAACAAGCGAGGAGCUAUUGAGGGGGCAAAGAUCGAGCAGUACCUGCUGGAGAAAUCAAGAGUUUGCAGACAGGCAGCGGAUGAGAGGAACUAUCAUAUAUUCUAUUGCAUGCUGGCAGGCAUGAGCCCGGAUCAGAAGACUAAAUUAGGUCUGGGCCGGGCCACAGACUACACUUAUCUUACUAUGGGGAACUGUACUGUCUGUGAAGGGAGGGAUGAUAUGAAGGAAUACUCCAGCAUCCUGUCAGCCAUGAAGAUCCUGAUGUUUACCGAAACUGAAUACUGGGAGAUUUCCAAACUGCUGGCUGCCAUCCUACAUAUGGGCAACCUGCGCUUCGAAGCUCGAACACAGAGAAACCUGGACACCUGCGUGGUGGUUCGCUCCCCUGACCUGGCCAACGCAGCCGCUCUCUUGGAGGUGGACCCUCAGGAUGUCAUGACGUGUCUGACCACACGUACCCUGAUCACCAGAGGUGAGAGUGUUUCCACCCCUCUCAGUGUGGAGCAGGGCCUGGACGUCCGGGAUGCUUUUGUCAAGGGAAUCUAUGGGAGGUUGUUUGUGUGGAUAGUGGAUAAAAUCAAUGCUACCAUCUUCAGGGCUCCUUCCACAGAAAACAGAACUGUUCGCAGGUCUAUAGGCCUACUCGACAUCUUCGGUUUCGAGAAUUUCACUGUUAACAGCUUUGAGCAACUCUGCAUCAACUUUGCAAAUGAGAACCUGCAGCAGUUUUUCGUCCACCAUGUUUUCAAGUUGGAGCAGGAGGAGUAUAACCUGGAGGACAUCAACUGGCAGCACAUCGAGUUCACCGACAACCAGGACGCUUUGGACAUGAUUGCCAUCAAACCUAUGAAUAUCAUUUCCCUCAUUGAUGAGGAGAGCAAAUUCCCAAAGGGAACAGAUGCAACCAUGCUGAACAAGCUGAACUCCCAGCACAAACUUAAUACCAACUACAUCCCGCCUAAGCACAGCCACGAGACCCAGUUCGGCAUUCAGCACUUUGCCGGAGUGGUGCACUAUGAAACUAAAGGUUUCCUGGAGAAGAACCGUGACAGUCUCCACAGUGACAUCAUCCAGCUCGUGCAUUCAUCCAAAAACAAGUUCAUCAAGCAGAUCUUCCAAGCUGAUGUUGCUAUGGGAAUGGAGACGAGGAAACGCUCGCCGACUCUCAGCAGUCAGUUUAAGCGCUCACUGGAGCUGCUCAUGAGGACGCUGAGCGUCUGUCAGCCUUUCUUUGUGCGCUGCAUCAAACCCAACGAGCUCAAAAAGCCCAUGAUGUUUGAUAGAGGUCUGUGUGUCAGGCAGUUGCGCUACUCCGGGAUGAUGGAGACGAUCCGCAUACGCAGAGCUGGAUAUCCCAUUCGCUACACCUUCGCUGAGUUUGUGGACCGCUAUCGGGUGCUAAUGCCUGGGGUCAAACCAGCCUACAAACAGGAAGAUCUGCGAGGGACCUGUCAGCGUAUUGUUGUGUCAGUUCUGCUCAGAGACGAUGACUGGCAGAUUGGAAAGACAAAAAUCUUUCUGAAGGAUCAUCAUGACAUGCUCCUGGAAAUGGAAAGAGAUAAAGUCAUCACUGACAAGGUCAUUCUCAUCCAGAAGACUGUGAGAGGAAUGAAAGAGAGAACUAAAUUCCUGAAGGUUAAAAGGGCUGUGACGUUAAUCCAGCGCAUUUGGAGAGGCUACAUCACUAGAAAGCACUACGCUGUGAUGCGUGUUGGUUUCUUGCGGCUUCAGGCCUUGUACAGGUCACGGAAACUGCACCAGGAAUACCAGGCGACCAGGAUACGCGUCACUCUGCUGCAGGCCUGGUGUCGAGGACUCCUGGUACGGCGUACUUUUUCAAAACGCUUUCAUGCGGUUUUGACAAUCCAGGCUUAUGCUCGAGGAAUGAUAGCACGGAGACUGUGCAAGAGACUCAGACUGGAGCGGGAUCGUCGAUUAGAAGCUGAGCGGCAGCGUCUGGCUGAAGAGGAGCGUCUUAGGAACCAGAUGACGGCGCGCAGGGCUCGGGCUGAAGCAGCGAGGAAGCAUCAGGAGCGUCUGGCACAGCUCGACCGAGAGCAGGAGGAGAGAGAGCUGGCAGAGCGCAAUGAGACACGGAGGAAAAAAGAGCUUCUAGAGCAGAUGGAGAGAGAAAAACAGGAGCCAGUCAAUGACUCCGACAUGGUGGACAAGAUGUUCGGAUUUCUGGGCAAUGCCAAUUCCCUUCCCAACCUGGAGGGUGAAGCACCAGAAGGGUUUGAGGAUCUCGAGAAUGCUCCAAAACAGUUUAAGGAAGUCAUUGACGAGCCUCUUCCACUUCCUGACGAUGAAGAGGAGGACCUAACGGAGUAUAAGUUUGCAAAGUUCGCUGCAACCUACUUCCAGGGAAAUGCAACACACAUGUAUGUACGCCGGCCACUGAAACAGCCUCUUCUGUUUCAUGAAGAUGAAGGAGAUCAGCUAGCUGCUCUGGCUGUGUGGAUCACUGUGUUGAGGUUUAUGGGAGAUCUUCCUGAACCCAAAUAUCAUAUCAGUAUUAGUGAUGGCAGUGAGAAGAUACCCGUUAUGACUAAAAUCUAUGAGACGUUGGGAAAGAGAACCUACAAAAGGGAGCUGCAGGCCCUGCAGGUGGAUGAGGAGAGUUCCACAACUGACAUCCAGAAGAGGAACAGUGUUCGUCAUAAGUUGGUGUCCCUCACAUUAAAGAAGAAAUCAAAGCUUACAGAGGAGGUGACUAGAAGGCUGACGGACAGCGAUUACAGUCUACAGGGAAACAGCAUGCUUGAAGAUCGACCCACCUCAAAUUUAGAAAAACUACACUUCAUCAUUGGCAAUGGCAUUUUACGCCCGGCUCUAAGAGAUGAAAUCUACUGUCAGAUCUGUAAACAACUGAGCCAGAAUUCAUCUAAAAGCAGUCAUGCUCGUGGCUGGAUCCUGCUCUCCCUCUGUGUGGGGUGCUUUGCUCCUUCGGAAAAAUUUGUAAAAUAUCUGCGGACGUUCAUUAACAGUGGGCCUCCUGGUUAUGCGCCGUAUUGUGAAGAGAGACUAAGAAGAACUUUUGCAAAUAAGACGAGAACUCAGCCUCCUUCUUGGCUUGAGCUGCAGGCCACUAAAUCUAAGAAGCCCAUCAUGCUGCCGGUGACCUUCAUGGACGGCACCACUAAGACCCUGCUGACAGACUCUGCCACCACAGCCGAAGAGCUCUGCAAUGCUCUGUCAGAUAAAAUCGGCUUGAAGGAUCGCUUCGGCUUUUCCUUAUACAUUGCACUUUUUGAUAAGGUCUCAUCACUUGGCAGUGGUAAGGAUCAUGUGAUGGAUGCAGUGUCGCAGUGUGAGCAGUACGCUAAAGAGCAAGGGGCUCAGGAGCGCAACGCCCCCUGGAGGCUGUUCUUCAGGAAGGAGAUCUUCACCCCCUGGCACAACCCAGCAGAGGACAGUGUGGCCACCAACCUCAUCUACCAGCAGAUUGUGCGUGGGGUCAAAUUCGGGGAGUAUCGCUGUGAUCGGGAGGAGGAUCUGGCCGAGCUGGCCUCUCAGCAGUACUAUGUGGAUUAUGGGCCGGAGGUUUUACCAGAACGCCUUCUGAGCCUUAUUCAGUCCUACAUCCCAGAUCGAGAAAUUACUCCCUCUAAGACAGUGGAGAAAUGGGCUCAGAUGAUAAUAGCGAUUCACAUAAAGGGAAUCUACACACAGAAGAGGUUUGACUCCCAGAGAGUGAAGGAGGAGGUGGUGGAUUUUGCUCGAUUUAAGUGGCCUUUGCUAUUUUCACGCUUCUAUGAGGCCUUCAAAUUCUCAGGGCCGAGUCUUCCAAAGAAUGAUGUUAUAGUGGCUGUAAACUGGACGGGAGUCUACUUUGUGGAUGAGCAGGAGCAGGUCCUUUUAGACCUUUCUUUCCCGGAGAUCACUGCGGUCUCCAGCAGCAGAGGUGGAAAGCUGCAAGGACAGAGCUUUACCCUGGCCACUAUUAAAGGAGAUGAAUAUACCUUCACAUCCAACAACGCUGAAGACAUUCGGGACCUGGUUGUGGCUUUUCUAGAGGGCCUGCGUUCAAGGUCAAAGUUCGUAGUGGCGAUGAUGGACAGCCAUUAUCCUGCUGGGCAAGAUGCUUCGUUCCUGAGAUUCUCAAAGGGAGAUCUGAUCUUUCUGGAUGAGCACACUGGAGAACAGGUCCUGACUUCAGGCUGGGCUCAUGGAGUCAAUGACCGAACCAAGAAGAGAGGAGACUUUCCUGCGGACAGUGUCUAUGUGCUGCCCACCAUCACCAGGCCACAGUAUGAUAUUGUGUCAUUGAUCAUCAUGUCUCCAGACCAGCGUAAGGACUCCAUAAAUUUAUCCCAGCAGAAUCUGCUGGACAGUGGAGAGAAGGUCCAGCCGUACACUUUAGAGGAGUUCUCCUACGAUCACUUUAGACCACCUUCCAAGAGCACCCUGAGCCGUGUGAUCAUUAAUAAAGGCAGAGGGAAGGAUAAAAUCUGGUGCUGCACCAGAGAACCUCUGAAACAACCUCUGCUGAAAAAAAUCCUCAGUCAUGAAGAGCUGAGCCAGGACGCCUGCCAGGCCUUCAUUGCCGUCCUGAAGUACAUGGGCGAUUACCCGUCAAAGAGGAGCCGUUCGGUUAAUGAGCUCACUGACCAGAUCUUUGAAGGAGCUUUAAAAGCUGAACCUUUGAAGGAUGAGAUCUACUGUCAGAUCAUCAAGCAGCUCACUGAGAAUCAUGUGAAAUACAGUGAGGAGAAGGGCUGGGAGCUGCUCUGGCUCUGCACUGGACUCUUUCCUCCCAGUAACAUGUUGCUCCCUCACGUCCAGAAGUUCCUGCAGUCCAAGAAACAUCAUCCGGUUGCUCCAGACUGCAUGCAGAGACUGCAGAAAGCCCUGCGAAAUGGGUCAAGAAAGUAUCCUCCUCACCUUGUAGAAGUGGAGGCCAUUCAGCACAAAACCACCCAGAUCUUUCACAAAGUGUACUUUCCUGAUGACACUGAUGAGGCUUUUGAGGUUGAAUCGAGUACAAAAGCCAAAGAUUUCUGCCGAAACAUUGCCAGCAGGAUGAUGCUUCAUUCCUCUGAAGGUUUCAGCUUGUUUGUCAAAAUUUCUGACAAGGUGAUCAGUGUGCCAGAAGGAGAUUUCUUCUUUGACUUUGUUCGACAUCUGACAGACUGGAUCAAAAAAGCCAGAGCUGUGAAAGACGGCACAGUGCCUUCAUUGACCUACCAAGUGUUUUUCAUGAAGAAACUGUGGACUAACACUUUCCCAGGCAAAGAUCCCAUGGCCGACUCCAUUUUCCAUUACUUCCAGGAGCUUCCGAAGUAUCUGCGAGGCUAUCACAAGUGUUCUGUUGAGGAGGCCUUUCAGCUGGCAGCGCUCAUAUACAGAGUCCGGUUUGAGGAGGACAAAUCCCACUUCCUGCACUUCAGCAAGAUGCAGAAAGAGCUGCUUCCUCAAGACCUCAUCCAUCAGCUCUCACCUGAUGACUGGAAACGGUCUGUCGUCACACACUUUAACAAGCAUGCUGGGAAAUCUCGAGAGGAAGCAAAACUCAUGUUUCUGGAAAUCAUUUACAAGUGGCCUACUUUUGGAUCUGCCUUUUUUGAAGUCAAGCAAUCAUCAGAUCCACAUUUCCCAGAAGUCCUCUUGAUUGCAAUCAACAAGCUUGGUGUUACUCUUAUUGACCCGAAAACAAAGGACAUUUUGGGCACUCACCCCUUCACCAAAAUCUCUAACUGGAGCAGUGGACACACAUAUUUCCACAUCACCAUUGGAAACCUGGUCAGAGGCAGCAAACUCCUGUGCGAAACAUCACUAGGAUACAAGAUGGAUGAUCUUCUAACCUCCUACAUUAGUCAGAUGUUGACCACCAUGACCAAGCAGCGUAGUUCACGGACAAACAACAAGUAAAACAUGACUUUUGAUAGUGCGCUGUUUAUUCAUAAGCACACAGUAUUUCCUAGAUCAGUCAUUUUGAUACAUGAAUAUCAGCUGAAUCUGCUUUUAGUGUGGUUACCUUUUCAUACUGGAGCCUUAAUGGUAAAUUGUGAGUUUAAUUUAUUUUAUAGCAUUUCUCAGUCUUUUAAUGUUGAAUGAAGAACACGUUUAACUGACAGUCAACAUACUUGUUGCCUUUACAUUUCAGGCCCUGAUGUUUUUUUAUUAUUACUCUGAUACCAAUUUGAAAGUCAGGUCAAUUUCCUGAUACAAUUCUUCAGUUUGUGGAAUGAUUUGUGUGUCAUUUUGCCAAUUAAAUGCAUUAUGAAGAUUUAGAAAUGUUGCCAAAAAUGUUGCAUAUUUGGUUUUGGUUCUGAUAUUAAUAGUGUUUACACAGCACUGUUAUUAGCUAACUUGCUAUGUGUUUCAUAUAAAAAAAAAACAUCAUGAACUUCUUGUAAUCUAAAGUUAACAGACUAUUGUCUUGUAAACAUAUUUGUUUCUUUUCCUGGGUUAUUUGAAUCCAUAUAUUAUCACUUGGUUCAGUAACAGUUGGUUCAGAAAACAAAUAAAUGUCACUUUAUUAGCUUGGUGUCUGCACAAAUGAAUUCAGUCUAAAACUAUCCUCUUAGUAAUGUUUUCGGAAAAGCAUUUCUUGACCUUUGUAAAUGCUCCACCGCAAAGAUAAGUAUUAAAAUGUAUUUUCUAAAUUAAAAAAUGAAUUACAGCUACAAUCACAAUUGCACAAGAUGUUUAGGGUAAAUGGUUGGAUCUUUAGCCAUUAUGCAAUUUAUUUAUUCUUCCUUUUUUUUAACAUAUCUAUUCAUUUGUAGUUUUAAUUUUCUUAUGUUGGA